AUAACAGUACACAGACUUUCCUGGAGCAAAUACCAUUCUCAUCCAUAAGUUCUCCAACUAAGGGCGAGUUCUCCUAGAGAUUUAUAAUUAUAUAUCUCACUGCCAUUUUUUGUGGGGGAGUUUUUGGAUAAAAUUUAUAGGAGUAAAACACGUUCUGGUGUUUUCUAACAUGGCUGAAUCUGGGUGCACUGACGACCAGUGGGAAGUAGAAACCUUUGAGGAUGACUUUGGAGAAAUCAUUAAAAGCAGAUCAGAUGAGAGAGAGGACAUACAAAAGAAAACCUUCACAAAAUGGAUAAAUUCACAAUUUGCUAAGGCAGAGAGAGUCCCUAUUGAUGACCUCUUCACAGAUCUGUGUGAUGGCCGUCGUCUUCUGGAGCUUUUGGAGGGCCUAGCUGGGCAUGAACUGGUGAAAGAGCGUGGGUUCACCAGAGUGCACUCACUCAAUAAUGUCAACAGAGCACUCCAUGUCCUUCAGAAGAACAAUGUUGAGCUGGUGAAUAUCGGAGGAGCUGACAUUGUUGAUGGGAAUCAUAAAUUGACUUUGGGACUCAUCUGGAGCAUUAUUCUCCACUGGCAGGUGAAGGAUGUGAUGAAGGAUGUGAUGGCAGACCUAAAGCAAACCAACAGUGAAAAGAUUCUGUUGAGCUGGGUUAGGCAAUCCACGAAGAACUACCCACAGGUCAAUGUUGUGAACUUCUCUAGUAGCUGGGAAGAUGGCCUGGCUUUCAAUGCUCUUGUGCAUAGCCACAGGCCAGAGCUAUUUGAUUGGGCUGUGGUGGAAAAGCUGGAUAAGCCUACUGACAGGUUGGAGCAUGCAUUCUCUGUUGCUGAAAGACAUUUGGGCAUUGAACGACUGCUCGACCCCGAGGAUGUGGCGACUGCUCAUCCAGAUAAGAAGUCCAUCAUUAUGUACAUCACCUCCCUGUUUCAAGUCCUGCCCCAUGGUGUGAGCAUGGAGGCCAUCCAGGAGGUUGAGACUCUCCCUCGCGCUUUGGCUGCUAAGGACGAAACCGUCCACCUUCGAACACAGCAGCGUUUCUCCCACCAGAUCACUGUCAGUGUGUCUCAGACUGAGGUCCGCAGCCCUUCUCCCUCCAGUAAGCCGCGCUACAAAAGCUACGCAUUCACUCAGGCUGCAUAUGUCAGCUCUCCUGAACAGAAAAGAAAGCUCCCUAUCACACAGGCUCCAGAAAGGCCAGAAGAUAUGUGGCCCUCCCUGAGUCCUCUCCCCCAUGGCUCCAACCAGCUGGAGAGUUACCAAAGAGCUCUGGAAGAGGUGUUGACCUGGCUUCUGUCUGCUGAGGAUGGCCUGCAGGCUCAGCUGCCCAUCUCCUCUAUUGUGGAAGAAGUGAAGGAGCAGUUUCACGCUCAUGAGGGUUACAUGGUUGAGUUGACCUCUCAUCAGGGCAGUGUGGGUAGAGUGCUAAAGGCAGGCAGUAUCCUGCUGUCUGAAGGCCAGCUGUCUGAGGAAGAGGAGAGUGAAAUUCAGGAGCAGAUGAAUCUGCUAAAUGCUCGGUGGGAACAUCUACGAGUGGCCAGUAUGGAACGACAAAGCAGGCUUCAUGAAGUUUUAAUGGACCUGCAGAAUCAGCAGCUGACACAACUCAGCACCUGGCUGGAUGUUACUGAAGCUCGAAUCAAACGGAUGGGUGCCCAACCCUUAGGCCCUGAACUCGAGGAUGUGAAACAUCUAAUUGAAGAGCAUAAACUGUUGCAAGAGGAUCUUGAGAUGGAACAAGUACACGUGAACUCCCUGACCCACAUGGUGGUGGUAGUGGAUGAGAAUAGUGGGGACAGUGCCACUGCGGCACUGGAGGAAAAACUACAGAACCUUGGGGAGCGGUGGGCAGCCAUCUGCAAGUGGACAGAGGAGCGCUGGAUCCUCCUUCAGCAAAUCAUAAUGAUUUGGCAACAUUUCAUUGAGGAACAGCACCUGUUUGAUUCCUGGCUAACACAGAAAGAGCAAUUGGUUCUUUCCAUCCAAAGCAGUGGUACCACUGAUCAGAAUGAAGUGGCUGCCAACCUCAGAAAGCUUGCUAUUCUGAAAGCAGAGCUUGAGUUAAAAAGGCAGACCAUGGACAAGCUCUGCUCUCUUGUUCAAGAGCUGUUGUCGAAUGUUAAGAACAAAGAAGCAGCCGGGAGACUGGAAGCAAGGUUGGAGAAGUUCGCUCAGCGGUGGGACAAACUGAUGCAGUCACUCCAGCUCACCAACACCAAGUUUUCCUCCACCGUUACUACAUCACAGUCAGAAGUUGUACAUACGACUGUGGAAACCAAAGUCACCACACAUCAGAAGAAGAUGGUAAAGCACACUAAGGAAGGGCUGACCACUCCUCCACCUCAGAAGAAGCGGCAGAUUGUUGUUGACUCUGAGCUUCGGAAAAGGUUUGAUGUGGAUUUCACUGAGAUUCAUAGUUUCAUGACACGUUCAGAGGCCAUCUUGCAAAGUCCUGAAUUCUCCAUUUCACGCAAAGAAGGCAGUGUGGCAGACCUGUAUGAGAAAGUUCUGGCAAUUGAUAGAGAGAAGCCCGACAAGCUCAGGAAGCUGCAGGAAGCAACACGCUCAGCACAGGCACUUGUAGAUCAGCUCACAAGCGAUGGGCAGAAUUCCGAUGACAUUCAGCAAGCUGCCCAGCAAUUACAUGCCCGGUGGGUGGAUUUCUGCACCCUACUGGCCGAGAGGCUGGCAUGGCUGGCCUACCAGACCAAAGUACUGGCUUUCUACAAUCUGUUCCAGGAAUUGGAACAGGUUGUAGCCAAUUCAGAAAACUGGUUGAAAGUGCAACAACCCCCGGCAUGCGAGGCAGAACCACUGAGGAUCCAGCUGGAGCGUUGCAGGGAUGAGAUAGCUCGCCUUGCUGCAGUUCAGCCCCAAGUAGAGCAGCUCCAUGAGCAACUCCGGGACUUGAGAGAGAAAGAGGAAACACCAUUUCUCUUUGAUGCUGAUAUAUCGGCCUUCCAGGAGCACUACCUGAAGGUCCUUGAAGACCUAAAGGCUAGAGAGAAGCAGCUUGUACUAGUCCAGUCAAGUCUUCCACCUGCCCACUACAAGAACGUCAUGGCAACCCUGAUGGCCUGGCUACAACAGUGUGAGGCCAAGUUAGCCAUUCCCUCUACUGCAGUUACUGAGUAUCCUAUCAUGGAGCAGAGGCUUAAUGACAUCAUGGAAAUUCAGUCAGCACAGCAGGAGCAUCAAAGUGAAGUGGAUGAUCUUAGUAAGAUGGCUGAACAGGUGUUCAAGACAGCGCCCCCUGAGAUCUGCCAAAAGUAUCGUAUCGAGGUGGACAGUAUGAUGACAUGCUGGAGACGUUUACGUGAACAACUGGAGGAAAAUGUACAGAAACUGCAAGAUCGCAUGUCCAAGCUACAGCAGUUUGAGAAUGACACAAAGACCCUGAAGAAGUGGAUGGCUGAGGUUGAUGUUUUCCUGAAUGAGGAGUGGCCAGCUUUAGGAGACUCUGAGGCACUAGAGAAGCAGCUGGAACAGUGCACAGCCUUGGUAAAUGACAUCCACACUGUCCAACCAAGUCUCAGUGGCAUCAAUGAGGUGGGGCAGGCCUUGAAGAGGGAAGCAGAGCCACCAUUUGCUGUCAAAAUACAGAGGGUGCUUGAUGAGCUCAAUGCACAGUGGGAACUCAUUUGCAAACAGGCCUAUGCAAAAAAAUCUGCCCUGAAAGGUGGACUAGAUAUGACAGUGAGUUUGAAGAAGGAGAUGCAGGAGAUGCAGGAGUGGAUAACACAGGCAGAGGAAGAUUACCUGGAGAGAGACUUCCAAUAUAAAACACCUGAGGAGCUACAUAAAGCGCUAGAUGAACUAAAGAGAGCUCAAGAAGAAGUCCAUCAGAAAGAAAUAAAGGUGAACCUGCUGAAAGACAAAGUAACCAGCUUCAUCUCAAAGGCCCCGCCGGCAGCCCAUGAUGCCCUGAAGGCAGAACUGGAUGUUUUAACUUCCAACUACCAGCGGCUAUGCAGCCGGCUCAAUGGGAAGUACAAGACAUUAGAGGAGGUGUGGGCUUGCUGGUGCGAAUUGCUGUCCUACUUGGAACAGGAAAACACAUGGAUGGAUAUACUAGAGAAGAAACUUGAUGAGAAUUUUCAAGGGCGAGCAGAAGAGAUUGCUGCAGCUUUGGCUUCCAUAGACAUGAUGAUAAAGGAACAUCCUGAGUACAAUCGUAACCAAAUACGAGAGCUGGCGCAGACCCUCAUGGAUGGAAGAGUCCUCCAUGAGCUCAUUCACAAAAAGGUGGAUGACUACAACAUUCGCUGGGAUGAACUUAUGCAAAGGGUGUUAAAAAGGCAACAGCAGCUGGAGAAGAGCUUGCAGUGGGCUCAAGAGAAUGACAAAGCUCUGAGCCUUAUCCAAGAGUCACUAAAUGCAACUGAUCGUCAUUUGACCGCAUAUCUUGCAGAUGGUAUAGAUGCAGCUCAGAUACCCCAGGAAGCCCAGCAAAUUCAGACUGAGCUGAUUGGUCAUGAGGAGACUCUGGAAAAUAUGAAGAAAAAGGCCAGUGAAUCAGAUACAUCGGAGAAAGUGGUUGCAGAGAUCGAUAAUACAUAUGACAAACUGUUGCAGGUGAAAGCAAAGUUUCGGCUUUUCCAAAAGCCGGCCAACUUUGAUCAGAGGUUAAGGGAAUGUGAACGUGCAUUGGAAGAGGUCAGAGGUCAACUGGGUUUGCUGAGCACCCGCAGCAUGGAGCAGGAAGUGGUACAGUCCCAGCUGGAGCAGUGCAUGAAGUUGUAUAAAAGUCUAAGUGAAGUGAAAUCAGAGGUGGAAGUGGUAAUUAAGACAGGAAGGCAAAUUGUGCAGAGGCAACAGACAGAGCAACCCAAGGAGCUUGAUGACCGUUUGACAAGUCUUAAACUCCUGUACAAUGACUUGGGUGCACAGGUGACCGAGGGAAAGCAAGAACUAGAGAAGAGUCUGAAGUUGUUGAGGAAAUUUCGAAAGGAGAUAAACAAUCUAACCGAGUGGCUAGCAGCCACUGAUGGUGAACUGACCCGCCGCUCAUCAGUAGAAGGGAUGCCCAGUGACCUAGAGGCGGAGCUGACCUGGGCCAAGGCCACGCAGGAAGAUACGGAGAGGCACGCACCACAGCUCCAUAUAGUGAGUGAGCUGGCCGAGGCGCUGAAAGUCCUGCUCAGAGGGCAGGAAAGCCUGAUAGAUGACAAGGUCAGCCUUCUCAGCUGUAACUGGAUUGCUGUGACGUCACGCUGCGAGCAGUGGCUGAACCUGCUGCUGGACUACCAGAAUCAGAUGAAUACUCUUGAGCAGAAUGUGGCUGAGAUAAAUGCCUGGAUGGAUGGAGCAGAGGCUCAAAUGGACAACAUGGAGAGCCAGGGCUGCGUUGAGCAUGUCCUGAAGGGUCUGCAGAUGGAGCUGGCAGAGAUGCGGGAUAAGGUUGAAGAAGUGCAGAGUCUGGGUGAAGACCUCGCUAAAAAUCGGGGAGAACACUGUAAAGCUCAACUGAAGCCUAAACUGCAGCAGCUCACUCAGCGCUUUGAGAUGGUCACCAAAAGGAUUUUACAAGGACAGGCCUCUUCUCAUGAGCUGGAGGAGUACUACAGACAAGCUAAUAUGUGGCUACGUCUACUGGAUGAAGAGAUAAAAUUGGGUGAAAAUGUCAAAGAAGAUGAUUUUCUUGAGGAACCAGCUGUUGAUGAGGAUACAUUGAAGGCACUGUUCCUGAAGGGAGAGAAUCUGCUUAAGAGAACCAGUGACCCAUCGAGAGGGACUGUUCAUGAAAAGCAUAAUCUGCUCCAUGAUAAAUACAACACUCUGAAGAAUCUAAGAGCCCUUAGGAGGAAGACGGCGCUUGCUUUUGCCCCACAGUGGUAUCAGUUCUGUAAAAUGUCAGACAACAUGAUGCAAUGGCUUGACAACACUGAGAGGAUGGUUGCAGAUCUGCCUGAUACAGCUGAAGAGCCAAGGGUGAAGGAAUUUGCCACUAAGAUUGAACAGCAGCGUCCGGAACUGGGAGAGGUACGAGGACUUGGUCAUGUUCUCUCUGAAGCUGGGAUGGCCAAGCUUGUGGAACCACACCUUAUCCCCAUUAAUAAACGCUGGGAGCACCUGGAUGUUAAGUUUACUCAAGUACAUCAUAUGAGUGAACUGCAAGCUCUUCUGCGUGCUAUUGCGGAAAACGAGGCUCUGCUGAACUCCCCCUGCUGGUCUGCUGCAACUGAAAAUAUACCGCAACAGGAAAAGUGCCUUAAGGUAGUGAAGCAUAAUUUGGAGAAGCUUGAAACUCCAGUUGCAAAGACUUUGGACAAUAAAGUCAUCCCUCCUGAGAAUCUACUCGUCCAACUCCUGAGCACCAACUGGGAAAACUUGAAGAAGCUCUAUCCGGACAGGCUAGUAUACUUUGACAAAUGCAAAAAAUACAGUGAGGAGUUAAAAGCUCUCCAAAACUGGCUGACAGCUGCAGAAAAAACUUUAGUGAUGUAUGAGGAAGACCCAAACUUGAACAGAAGCCACCUUAAGGAUCUGCAAGAAGGUUUAGAGAAGCAAGAGCUAGCAGUGAAAGGGCUUAAUGUUUUGGGGGAAGACCUGCCUCUACAGUGCAGUAAGGAGGAUGGAGAUCAGAUUAAACAGCAGUUUGGCUCCAUCAAUGCUCGCUGGGCCAAAGUGCUCAACCAGCUCACUGAAAUAAAGAGAAGAUCUGCAGGGGCAAAGCUGGCACUUGCUGGCCUUCAUGAAGAUAUAGGGGAUUUUCAGUCCUGGCUGGAUAAAGCAGAAAGUGUGUUUGCCCUGUCUUUGCAACCAGGCCAUAGGAAGCAGCUCAGUACAGCAUUAGAAAGUGUACAGGCUCAAGUAGCAGAAUUACCAAGCAGAAAACAAAGUUUACACCAUCUUAACACCAAAAGUUCAUCCCUCCCUGCUGAUAAAUUCAAACCAGUGGAAAACAAUUUGAAAGUUAUCAACCUGCGAUGGGCCAAGGUGUCUUCUGAUCUUCCUGAGAAACAGCGGCAGAUCAAGGAUCUCCUGAGAGACUUGAGCCUAUACCAGGAACAACUGUUGAAACUAUCCAGCUGGGCCUCAAUAACUAAGAGUCAACUUGAACAGCAGUCUGGGGCCAUUGACCAUAAGAUUGAUGACGCUAUCCAGAUGAAGAAACCAGAAGUAGAAACAGUUUUGGCCAAAGAGAGGCCUCCAUGUCAGCCUGAAAAGGGGCAGUUUGAUAGUCUGGCUACAGACUGGACAGCAAUUCAAGUACUGCUUAAGGAAUCGAAAGACAAAUGCCAAGUUGCAACUGAAAGUCUGAUAGCUAGUGCCCCAGGAGAUGCCACAGCACUGGAAAAGUUCAAGAAGUCCUGGGCAGAGCUGAAUGACUGGCUCUCUCUCCUCGAUCACAUGGUUCAGACACAAAGAGUGACCGUUGGAGAUCUAGAUGAAAUCAAUGACAUGACUGGGAAACUUAAGUUAACACUGCAAGACAUGGAACAGAGAUGUCCACAACUGAACAAACAGAUUACUGCAGCCCAGAACCUCAAGAACAAAACCAAUAACCCUCAAACACGUGCUACCAUUACGGACCAAAUUGACAAAUUACAGGCACACUGGGAAGAGUCACACACCAAGUUGAUGGACAGGGUUCUUCAACUUCAGAACAUGUACCAAGAUUCAAGUCAUUGGCUGGAAGCCAGGAAAAAUGUGGAGCCUUUCAUAAAGCAAGGCAAUGAAAAACUCGAAGGCCGGAAGGGAGUCUCACCCAGUGUUGAUGAUUUGAAGAAACUUUCCAAAGAUAUAAAGCAGUGGCAAGCUCAAAUGGAUGUGACCAAUCAACUGGCAAACAAACUACUGAGCCUUUAUGCAGAUGAUGACACAAGCAAGAUUAAACAGAUAACUGAGAGCAUGAAUCUAGCUUGGGCCAACAUCAAGAAACGUGCAGGGGACAGGGAGGCAGACCUGGAGCAUGGACUGCAACAGAUGCAGCACUUCUACAUAGACCUGGAAAAGUUCCUUAAUUGGCUAACCGAGGCCGAAACUACGGCAAAUGUCUUGCAAGAUGCCACCUACAAAGAACGGCUCAUGGAGGACCCAGGAGCAGUGCGGCGGUUACUGGAACAAUGGCAAGAUCUCCAGAUGGAGAUUGAUGCCCAUACAGAUAUGUACCAUGCACUAGAUGAAAAUGGACAACGUAUAGUGGCAUCUUUGGAAGGAACAGACAAUGCAAUUGUGCUUAAAAAACGACUUGAUAACAUGGGACAGCGGUGGCAUGACCUGGGCAAAAAAGUCAUUAAUGUGAGACAUCACUUGGAUACUGGCAUGGAGCGGUGGAAGCACUAUCACAUGUCCUUACAAGAACUGCUCCAAUGGCUACAGCUGAGGAGGGAGGAGCUUGAACAGCAGAAGCCAGUGGGGGGUGAUGUGCCAGCUGUGCACGAGCAGCUUAUCAUACAUAAGGUCUUCAGGAGAGAGCUGAGUGCAAAAGAGCCUUCAAUCAAUGAAGCACUUGACAAUGUGAAGAGCUUUCUGACUCAGAUACCCACUGAAGAAGGAAAGCAAAGGCCUGGACAAAGAGAUGUCAGCUCAGAGGAGAGGGUUCAAAAUGUGGGGCGCAUUUUACGCAAGGAGGCAGAGGAUGUAACCACAAGGUGGAAGGAACUAGGUGCAGCAGCAGUCGACUGGCAACAGCAACUGGAACUGGCCUUGGAGAGACUGAUGGAACUUCAGGAGGCAGAGGACCAGUUAGACUACAAGCUUCACCAAGCUGAGAUGGUAAAGGACUCCUGGGACCCAGUUGGAGACUUGCUCGUCGACAAUCUGAGCAACCAAAUAGACAUUGUUAAGGCAUUCCAGGAGGAAAUAGCUCCCUUCCAGGAUAAUGUAAAUCAAGUAAACAGAUUAUCCUCUACAUUUAGAAGUCCUGGUACUCAACUCUCACCAGACAACCUGAACAGAAUUGAUGACCUCAAUAUGCGGUGGAGACUUCUGCAGGUUUCAGUUGAAGGGCAACUGACUCAGCUUACAGAGGCCCACCGAGACUUGGGACCGCAUUCUCAGCAUUUUCUACAAGCCUCCGUACAAAGUCCUUUUGAACGCUCUGUUUCUCCCAACAAUGUUCCCUACUAUAUAAACCACCAGACACAGACAACAUGUUGGGAUCAUCCAAAGAUGGCGGAACUCUACCAGUCUUUAGCGGAUCUCAACAAUGUCCGGUUCUCGGCAUACAGGACAGCAAUGAAGUUACGACGCCUGCAGAAAGCUCUGUGCUUGGACCUACUAGGGAUGACAGCAGCCUGUGAAGCAUUUGAACAACAUAGUCUGAAACAGAACGAGCAGUUCUUAGACAUUAUUCAAGUAAUCAACUGUCUAACCAGCAUCUAUGACCGACUGGAGCAACAGCACCGUGGCCUGGUGAAUGUACCUCUGUGUGUGGACAUGUGUCUGAACUGGUUGCUGAAUGUUUAUGACACAGGUAGAACUGGGAAGAUCCGGAUUUUAUCUUUCAAAACUGGAAUAAUCUCCCUCUGCAAAGCUCACCUUGAGGAUAAAUACAGAUAUUUAUUUAGACAGGUGGCUAGUGCCACAGGCUUCUGUGACCAGCGCCGUCUCGGCCUCCUGCUGCACGACUCGAUCCAGAUCCCCAGGCAGCUGGGCGAGGUGGCGUCAUUCGGAGGAAGCAACAUCGAGCCCAGCGUGCGCAGCUGCUUUCAGUUUGCAAACAACAAACCGGAGCUGGAGGCCGCAGUCUUCUUGGACUGGAUGCGUCUGGAGCCUCAGUCGAUGGUCUGGCUCCCUGUACUUCACCGGGUGGCUGCUGCAGAGACAGCCAAGCACCAGGCCAAGUGCAACAUCUGCAAGGAGUGUCCCAUCAUUGGCUUCAGGUACAGAAGCUUAAAGCACUUUAACUAUGACAUCUGCCAGAGCUGCUUUUUCUCUGGCAGAGUGGCCAAGGGUCACAAGAUGCAAUAUCCCAUGGUCGAAUAUUGCACUCCGACAACCUCUGGAGAAGAUGUGAGAGAUUUUGCCAAAGUUCUGAAGAAUAAAUUCAGGACGAAACGCUAUUUUGCCAAGCACCCUCGCAUGGGUUACCUUCCUGUGCAGACUAUUCUGGAGGGUGAUAACAUGGAGACGCCUGUUACACUAAUCAAUUUCUGGCCUGUUGACCAUCCGCCAGCAUCAUCGCCACAGCUGUCUCAUGAUGACACCCACUCCCGCAUUGAGCAUUAUGCCAACAGGCUAGCUGAAAUGGAAAAUCGAAAUGGCUCAUAUGGGAAUGAGAAUAUUUCACCUAAUGAGAGCAUGGAUGAUGAGCAUCUACUGAUCCAGCACUACUGCCAGAGCCUUAAUCAGGGCUCGCCCCUAAGCCAGCCUCAGAGUCCUGCACAGAUCCUUAUAUCAAUGGAGAGUGAUGAGAAGGGAGAACUUGAGAGAGUUCUCAACGAUCUAGAGCAGGAGAACAGGAAGCUACAGGCUGAGUAUGAUCGACUUAAAAAGGCCCACAACCACAAGGGCCUUUCGCCCCUCCCCUCGCCUCCACAGAUGCUGCCAGUGUCGCCCCAAAACCCCCGUGAUGCUGAGCUCAUUGCCGAGGCAAAACUGCUGAGGCAGCACAAAGGACGCUUGGAGGCCAGAAUGCAAAUUCUGGAAGACCAUAACAAACAGCUGGAGUCUCAGCUUAAACGUCUUAGACAGCUACUGGAGCAGCCACAGACUGAGUCCAAGGUGAAUGGCACUACCCUGUCCUCUCCUUCUACUGCCUCCCAGAGAUCUGACACCAGCCUGGCCUCAUUGCGUGUGGCUGCAAGCCAAACCACAGAGACUAUGGGUGAUGAUGAGCUGUCCAGUCCCUCCCAGGAUGCAAGCAUUGGACUAGAGGAAGUGAUUGAGCAGCUAAAUAAAUCUUUCCCCCAUAGCCAAGGAGCUGGACAGCUAAAUCCAUGAGAGGAUAUAAGAUGGGAAGUCUCUUCCAUAUGGUUGAUAACAUUGGAUAUGCUAUGGAGUCAUUGGUCAGUAUGAUGACAGAGGCGUGGGGUUGAGACUAAAGAAGCCUUCUCAAGUGCAUGCUUUUGUAGUGUAAACAGCUGGACAGGAUAUGUUUACAAUGGCAAAAUCAAUAAAAUCUAUUUUUCUGAAGGAUCGUGGUUCCAGAUUGUAGAUUUAAGUAGUUUCGUACAUCAAGUCUAGAACUGUUUUGUUAUUUUAAGAAAAAGCUGUUUUUAAUCUUCUAUGCAAUUUUAAAAAAAAAAAAAAAAAAAAAAAAAAGUGUGAUAACUUGUAACACUGCGUGCCAUUUCCUUGUACAGUGUUGAGCGCAUUUUAAAAGUGUUUUAUCCUAAUGGCAGAUGGAUUAUAAAGGGUGCUUUAUAAACUAAUUUUGUUUGUAACACAACAAACGCAUAUUAAAAGUUUAUCAUCCGUG